CUAUAAGUAUAAAUUGAGGAGCUGGUAAAGCAAGGUUACAGAAGAUAGAAAAAGUUUGUAAUAAACACUAAGGGCUGGACAUCUAUACCUUCUACGCAGACCAAGACAAGACAACACACAAUCCUAAAGAUGGGAGAUCCAAACCAGUUAAAAGAUGAGGGAAACAAACACUUCCAGGCCGGAGAUAUUGACAAGGCCAUUGAGUGCUAUACUAGUGCUAUCAAGGUGUGCAAGGACAAAAAAGUGCUUGGUGUCAUUCACAGGAACAGGUCUGCAUGCUAUUUAAAAAAGGAAAACUAUGCCAAUGCAGCAUCUGAUGCAUCUAAAGCUAUUGAUAUAGAUGCAGCAGAUAUCAAAGCCUUGUACCGGCGUUGCCAGGCUCUGGAAAAGCUAGGAAAACUGGACAUGGCUUUCAAGGAUGUGCAGAGAUGUGCCACCAUUGAACCAAAGAACAAGACCUUCCUAGAGACUCUACGCAGGCUUGGAGCAGAAAUCCAGGCCAAGCUCAAGACAACAUUCUCCACAGACUCGAGGGUACAGAACAUGUUUGAAAUUCUCCUUGAUGAAGAGAUGGAAAAAGACAAAAGGGAAAAGGCUGCCAACAACCUGAUUGUGCUCUCCAGAGAUGACGCUGGAGCAGAGAGAAUCUUCCAGAAUAAUGGCGUGCCUCUGCUGCUCAACAUGAUAGAAACAGGCAAAUCAGAGAUGGUCUUGGCUGCUAUUCGUACUUUGUCAGGAAUGUGCACAGGACACAAAGCUCGGGCCAUGGCUAUUAUUCACAUGGUGGGCAUUGAUAAGAUAUGCAGCGUUAUGGCUGUUGACAAUGAAGAAAUCGCAAUGGCAACCUGCAACCUCUUCCAGUGCAUCAAUGACUCCCUCACUGGUGGAGAUAGAAGAGAAUACGGGAAGGAAGAGGCCUUGGUUUUGGAUGCGUCGAAAGACCUGAAAACCAUUCUUCUCUCUCUCCUGGAGAUGGUUGCUAAUAAAAAGGUGUCUGGCCAUGGCAGAGAUCAGGCUCUGAACCUCCUGUGCAGGAAUGUACCUCGCAAAGACAAGAAAGAGAGAGACAACUCAAGGAGCCUCUUCACUAUUGACAAUGGUCUGAAGAAAAUCCUCAAAGUGUGUGGUCAGGUUACCGAACUGCCAGACCAGCUGCCCAUGACAGAAAACACACAGCUGAUUGCCAGUGUGCUUCUCAACAAGAUCUAUGAUGACCUUAAAUGCGAUCCAGAGAGAGACAACUUCAGGGACAUUUGUGAUCAAUAUAUUAAAUCCAAAAUCGACCCCAAUGACAUGGACAAGACCAUUCACGCUAUUAACACCAUCUCAGGACUGCUUCAGGGUCCGUUUGAUGUUGGUAAUGCUUUGGUUGGACAUCAAGGCAUAAUGGAGAUGAUGGUGGCUCUGUGCGCCUCCGAACGUGAGGUAGACCAGAUGGUUGCUGUGGAGGCACUGAUUCAUUCCUCCUCAAAGAUGAGCCGUGCCAGCUUCAUCAUCACCAAUGGUGUGUCACUGCUCAAGGACAUCUACAAGAAGACCAAGAAUGAGAGGAUUAAAAUUCGUGCACUGGUGGGUCUCUGUAAACUGGGUUCAGCUGGAGGUGAUGACUACAGUUUAAGGCAGUUUGCUGAAGGCUCCACAGAGAAGCUGGCCAAGCAGUGCAGAAAGUGGCUCUGUAAUCCCCAGAUUGAUACCAAAACAAGGAAUUGGGCCAUUGAGGGUCUUGCUUAUCUGACUAAUGAUGCUGACGUGAAAGAUGACUUUGUUGAGGAUGAGCUUGCCUUGAAAGCCAUGUUUGAAUUGUCUAAGUCCAAGGAUAAGACAAUCUUGUAUUCAGUUGCUUGCACCCUGGUUAACUGCACCAACUGCUAUGAAAAGAAGGACAUCAUACCUGAGCUGGUUGAACUAGCGAAGUUUUCAAAGCAGCAUGUGCCUGAACAACACCCCAAGGACAAGAAGGACUUUAUUCAGAGAAGAGUGAAAAGGCUGCUGAAGGCUGGGGUCACAUCAGCACUUGCUGUCAUGGUCAAAGCAGACAACUCCAUUCUGACUGACCAGACCAAGGAGCUGCUGGCAAGGGUUUUCUUGGCUUUGUCAGAUGAUCCUAAAGACCGCGGUAUUCUUGUAGCUGAAGGUGGAGGAAAGGCUUUGAUUCCACUUGCUCUGGAAGGGACAGCUGCUGGGAAGGUGAAAGCCAGUCAUGCUCUUGCCAAGAUUGCAGCUAUUUCCAACCCAGAAAUCGCAUUCCCUGGUGAACGGGUGUAUGAGGUGGUGCGGCCUUUAGUUAGCCUCCUUCAAACAGACAGAGAUGGAAUACAGAACUUUGAAGCUCUGAGAAGCCUCACCAACUUGGCUGGUUUCAGUGAAAAACUGAGAGUGAAGAUUGUGAAAGAGAAGGCUCUUCCAGAAAUAGAGAACUACAUGUUUGAGGAUCAUGAGCAGAUCAGACAGGCUGCCACUGAAUGCAUGUGCAACCUUGUUACAUGUAAAGAGGUCCAAGAUCGUUACCUGGAGGACGGCAAUGAUAAGUUAAAACUCCUUGUGCUGCUGUGUGGUGAAGAUGAUGACAAACUUCAGAUGGCUGCAGCUGGAGGUCUGGCCAUGCUCACUGCUAUUCAGAAGAAGAUCUGCACCAAACUAACCAAAGUGACCAGCCAGUGGCUCGAGAUCCUGCAGAGGUUGUGUCUCCACACCGACCCUAAGAUACAGCACCGUGGCCUUGUAAUUGUCUACAACAUGCUCAACUCAGACGACAGUGAGCUGAGUAAAAAGCUGAUCGAGAGCGAGCUGCUGGAAAUCCUCUCUGUGAUUGGCAAGGCAGCGGACAAUCCCAAGAAGCAAGACACCAUCGAUGUGGCGCGCAUGUGCCUGGUCAAAGCUAUGGAUCUUGGUUUGAUCAAACCCUUCUCCAGCCCUUCUUAAAAUGCUGGCAACUAGAAAAACAACACCAGCAGUGAUUCUUCUUAUUUCCUCUGUUAAAUACAGACUUUUUUCCAAACACUUUUUUUAACCUGGCUUAUAAUUUCUAAAGAUAAUCUCUCAUAAUAUAAAUCUCUUUGUGUCUGUCUAUCUGUCUGUGUUUUUAUAGAGGCUGCUUAUGUCUAGUGUAGUGGAAUAAACACAUAUGGGCGAUUUUCCACCAUAAAGCAUCAUGAAAUGUACUAUCUAGAUUUGAAAAAGAUGCAAUUGGACUCAGCACUUGGUAGAAAAUUAAAAAUGGGUGAACUAAAUAAAGUAAUAAAUGAAUUAAAUUCAAUAACAUUUAGGUAAACUGAGUUUUCACCAACAUUUCUUAGACAUAUGAUGGGGAUAGUCUCCAUUUCAUAUCUUGUGCUCAUUAUUUUAGCCAACUUUGAGUGGAUGUCUCAGGUGUUGUCUUAGAAAGUUUGUCAUUUCAUGCCACUGUGUGUCAUUUCAUGCCUCAAAUGUAACUUUUUAAAAAGUCCUCUGUGAAAAAUAAAGAAAAUUUGUUUUAUUAAAGCCAUGCAAAGAGGAAAAUUAACUUCCCACAAAUGGAUGCACAAAGUCUGCAAAGUGGUUAUAAAUGUCAAGUUAAUAUGAGCUCUGUCAAGGCAAACAUACAAACUAAACUACAGGCUCUAUGAUGGGUGACACUGGACACAGGGAGGAAGUGAAAUGCUCAGGAAGUAUUGUUGUUGUUCACCUCACAUUUUCUGUUCAUGGUGACCUGUAUCUAGACUGAGUGUUUAUAUGAAUUUCUACCUUAGUAACUUCUCAGUGAUUCUUUGUAAAGCCAGAAUAUAAGGUUCCUCACAGCA